CGUUGUUUUUGUCUGGAAACAUGUCGGCCGACGAAGACACAGAGUUGAGAGACUUAGUCGCUCAAACUCUUGAAGCAAAUGGCACUUUAGGGAAAUUGCGCGCUCAGUUACGGGCGAGCGUAUUCCUUGCUUUAGAGGAGCAGGAAAAUGUUCAAAACAGGACACCCUUUUUGAAUAAGGAACUAAAGACCUUUCUGUCUACAAAAGAUGGCCAUCUUGUUGCCAGCCUGGUCCGUGAAUUCUUGGAGUUCUUUCACUUAGAGUUCACUCUUGCUGUGUUUGAUCCAGAAACUGGAUUGGAGGAUGCAUUGAACCGCGAGAACCUUUCAAAGGAGCUUAAUUUAAGAAAUCAUCCCAGGGAAGGCGAGUCACAUGUACCUUUACUGGUAGAGGUACUUAAAGGUGCUAACACGCACACCAGUAAACAACAGUUGCAGCAUUCCACUGUCAGUCCAAUAGGAGGUUCUUCUUCCAUUGCUGAAAGAGAUUUUAACAGUCUUCCAAAGAAUUUAUCUGAAAAGCAGCUGUUAGAUGCAAGAGAAAAGUUUGAUCUUUAUGACAGAGAUGGCAGUGGAGCUAUAGAUAAAGAUGAACUGCGAGAGCUCUUCAUUGAUUUAUUUCCAGGAUUUAACAGAAACAUGUUGGAAAAGUAUGUUCAAGAUGAAUUUAAAGCUAUCGACAAAGACUUCAGCAGCAGAAUGUAUUUCUCUCUCACUCCUCGAGGCAUUGAGUUUGAUGAAUUUCUUGCCAUGUACAAACGCCUGUUCCUACAGUGCCGCUCCGUUGUGUCAGGAGAAGUAGAUGAAAUCGUCUCCACAGGUCACAAGCAAAAGCUGGCUUUUUCUGGAGCCUUGACUAAAGCUGAUAUUUUAACAAGUUCAGUUGAGGUUAAGAACCAAAGGAACCUUGAAAAAAGCGGUCCCCCACCACUGCCUACAUCAGCACCCCCUAACAGUGCCAAAAGUAGUAAUCUGUAUGAAGACCUUUUGGGUGAUGAUUCAUUCUUCGAUGGGCCUUUGCCAUCUUCCUCUGUGUUGACACCAUAUGGAAGCAGUGAGAUAGACAAAGGGAAGAAGAAGGGAGAGGAAGCUAACAGUGAUGGAGUUAGGAAGGCUGCCAGUGAGUCUCCCUUUGUUACCUCUGGUGGACUGGUGUCAGUGCAAAACAACCACUCUGCCACAGGUUUCAUAUCCAGACCAAGGGAGAGUGAUGCCAGUCUGAGGACACUGGAUCGUAGAAUGGCCAAUUUAGACAUGGGUGGUGAUGCACAAGAUGAUUAUGAGUAUGAAGACGACUUCCAGAGUUCUGGACACAGCUUUAGUCAGAGGUCUCCUCGCAGCAAAGGAGAAGGAAAGACAGAAAAUGGCAGUGUUGCUGAGGAAAUCGAUGAUGAAGAGAUUGAAGACGGUUCCAUAGAUGCAGAAAAUAGUGGGUUUGAUGACAUAACAACAGACAGGAGCAUUUCUCAGAUGGAUGGGGGUUUUGACUACAUGGAAGAUGCACAGUUACACUAGAGACACAUUGUUGAUCCAUUGUGAAAUCCGUCCAGACAUCAUAGUUUCUCAAAAUGGCAAAUCAUAGUAUAAACAUGCAUGGUGGCAGCAUGGAAAUAUAAGAGCACAACUACAGGGAAGUAAACAGCUGCAUUCAUUCCAGCAUUGGAAGUUUGGUUUCAAGAGUUUAUGGUGCACAGUGUGGAAUGGUAUUAUUUGUGUCUCAUUAUGAGUGGAAGAUGUAUUUUAAGCAUGACUUGUGUGUCAGAAUGCCAACGCUUGCUUAUGUAACGAUAGAAUGGAACUGAAUGAGUCUGCUCAAAGUGUAUUCUAAGCACACCUUUUGAUCCAAAGACUAAUCAGUGUCUGAGAACAAGGAAACAGGUCCUCAGUUUUCUUGUAGCAGUGAUAAUACAGACUCAUUUAGAUCGCGGUAAUCCUACAACUCCCCACCCCGUAGUUUUCAGUGCUAUUGAUAUUGAAAAUAAUGCUAAUGAAAACAAAAUUGAGAGGAUACACAGACAUGAAGAUUUUAAAGCAGCUUAUCUGAUUUCAGAAAAUUUAGAUGACCACGUGGUCUGGAAUGAAGUAGUUAUAAUUAGAUGGUGGCAACUGCAAGAUUUGCCGCAGUAUUUCUGUUGCUGAAGUUUGGUUGAACCAUUCAUCUGAUGUAACCAAUUCUUAGUUGUGCUUUUAUAAGUGUGCAAGUUGAACUCUUGGAUGGUUUACUUUAGUUAGCAUACCUGCCAGCCACAGCUGUGUCAUUUCUCGAUGUAUGCAAGGGACCAAGAGUGCAUAGACUUCAUCAGAUUUACAGACUAAAUGGGUGAAGUUCUCUUACAUUGGAAAGCUUGUCACCACUCAUUUUGUUGAAAGUCAUUUGAAGCUGUCUUUACUUUCAGCAAGAACUUUUUCAGGGAUGGACUUAGUCUCAUUUUUUAAACUAUUUUUUAAAAAUCUAGAUAUAACUCUUAAUUUAAGUAUUUCUGCUUAGCAAUAUAAUCAUACCAUUAUUCCGUGUAACAUUACUGUACUUAUUUGCAAUAAUAAAAUGUUACAGGCUUGGGACCAGGGCAUAAUGAGAUCUAAACAUGUAACAUAUGAUACUGCAUGUGCACUGUUGAAAUGUGGGACAAGAUGAAUGUUUGCUACAAAUUAUGGCAUACAGAUAUUUUACAAGGUCAGGCAACAUUCCAUGCUGUGCAAUUUUCCUUUUCUUUGUGAACCCCUGGACCAAGCAGUGACCAAUUUGUUUUGAAAUUCUUUGAACACUCGUAUGCAUUUAUAACUUUUGUAGACAUCAGACAGGCAUAAUUUUUAAAAUGCAAAAUGUUAUAUACUUAAAUAAACCAUUGAACUGCACUUUAAAGUUUUUGGGUUUGUUUUUGCUGUUUUACUAGGCAUGCAUUAUGUUUUAAAUUCUUGUGUAAACGUGAUCUAAAGCGUUAAGGAGUCAGGCAGGCAUUGGCGUUUACAGAGCCUGCAACAGACUAAAUGACUAAAGCAGCCAGACCUGAAAACAGAUGCCACGGGCCUGAGAAGAGAACCCAAUAUCCUUACUGUAUUGGUGACAGGUGCCACCGGAUAAAUAGUUCCACACUUAUACAAGGACUAGGACAAACAAUUUCUUCCCCCCUUCCUUUCCAUUUGUGCCCACAAUCUGAUCAGAGAUUAAGGCGAAAGUCCAGAGAGGCUGGAGAUGCAGCCCCCUUGAACUACAUAUAUAAAUAAUAAAAUAGCUUUGACUUUUUUUCUCUCAUCUGAAGCUUUUUUGCACACAUAACAAACAGUACAAUGAUUGUGACUGGCAUCUUUAUAACCUUUUCCUGUGAACAAGCAUGCACAAAUUUUUAUAAAUCAAACCAAAAUGUAAAUAGCUACACUGUACACUUUUUAUGGUGAUGUAAGCAAAAUGGCAGCAGUUGUUUAUCGUCUGCGAGGUGAUGGUGACCUGCAAAAAAAAAAAAAAAA